AGACAGCAGCGAGGGGCCUUCGGGGAGCUGCUCCUGAGGAUGCGGGGGCUGCCGCCUGCCCUCCCUGCCCUGCCUCUGGAGCUUACCGUCCUCUACAACUCCCUGCUUUUUACUGGAGCAUCUGACUCUGCCAUCAAAGGAGAAGCAGAAGGAAUACGCCAGGGGCUUCUCAGGGUUCUGGAGGCUUGUGGGGGCUGCGGGCAGGAUCUUAGCACAGAGGAGCUGUGGCAGAAGGUGCUGCAGGAGGUAACUGCGGAGGAGCUGCAAGGACCUUUGCACCGACUGGGGGCCCUGCAAGCAGUGUGGUGGCUGGCAGCCAGCCGCCUGGGAAGCACCACCAGCCUCUUCCGGCUCCUGAGCCACACCGAGGAUGGGGGGAGACCUCUUUGCAGCAAGGGGAUGAACGAACUCCUCUCCCUCCUCAAGGCAUGGCGAGUACCUGCAGAGGAGGCCUCUCUGCCCCUUUUACAGAGCACCGAGGCCUUGAAAGAGAUCCUUUGCACUGCAGCAGCCUUCCUGCAAGGGCUGCAGGAGCUGGAGGCUGGGAACUUCCCCACCGCCUUCUCCCUCCUCCAAGAGGCUGCAGGAGGAUUCUGCUCCAAGAGGGUCCUGGCCCAGAUCUACACUUGCCUCGGCUGCUGCACUGAGCAAAUGGGCAAGCCCCAGACAGCCCUUCAGCACCUGAGACGGGCCCUCCAGGUAGACUUCCAGUGCCUUCCUGCCCUGUCUCACGUGGCAGCAGUGUACCACAAGCUGGGGGAGACAGACGCGGAGCUGCAGGCCCUGGUUCUGCUCUAUGAGGCUCUGGAAAAAAACCCUCCAGCAGCUGCUUCUGCUAGUCCACAUUUCCUAAUCCGAACAGAGCUCCUUAUCCACACACCAAUACUAUCUUCUCUCCUUCGCCAUCGCCACCCCUCUGAAGUGAAGUACCUGCUGGCACAGCGGUGUCUCCAGGAUGGGAGGGUGGCUGAUGCAGUGGAACAUUACCUGGAUCUUCUGGCUCUGCUUCAGGAGGGAUUGCAGCAGCAGGUGCCCCUAGAUGGUGGCUCAACUUUGCCCAGGAUCCCUGAGGUGUUCCUGGAAGCAGCGUCUGCCUUGGAGCAGGCUGGGAGGCAUCAUGAUGCCAUAACUGUGUGCGAGGAGGUCAUCAGCCGGACAACUGACCUGAUCCCACGGAUGUUACAAGUGGAGGAAAGGUUCGAGCAGCCAGAGUGCCCAUCUCCAGGGGCAGGGCUGGCGGGUGGACACCUGUCCCAGAAGGAGAGUCUGUGCUGCCUUGCCUGGAGAGCAGCUGGAUACCUGCACCAGGGCUGGGUGUGGGCCACACUGGGCAAGAGCAAGGAGGCCAUAACACAAUUCAGCAGGUGCCUCGGUGAUCUCUUGAGAGUCCAGGUUUAUGGAUCUGGCAUUGAACCGGCAGAGAAUCUCCCAGAAGUGGAGGUGCUCCAGAAGAUCAGGUUGCUCUCCCUCAUCGGGCGAGGUACACAAUUCCUAGAGCUGGGGAGGCACAAAGAAGCCUUGUUGGAUUUCCAGCAUGGUUUGCAGAUCUCACCAGGUGACCCAUCUGCUGUCUCCUACCUGGUGCAGGCCUUGUGGAAACUGGACCGAAAGCAGGAGGCGGCUGCUCACUGGCAGAAGUUCUCCCAGAUUCCUUUUCAGCAGGAAGGGCAGGAAAGGCCCCUUCCCUUGUACCUGGUUUCGUGUCUGAAGCAGGCAACCUUCCCACACAGGGAAUCACUUGCCAGAAGCAUACAUGAUUACCUCGGGACCACAAACCAGGACCCCUCGAACUAA